CCUUUCCUCCUCUAUGCCUUGGGUCUCUCUCUUUUUCUCGCCCCAUUUUGAGGACUUCUCUUGCUCCGAAAUGCCGGCCGCCCAAAGGCGCUUCUGGGCCGCCUUGGGCCUCCUCGUCCUCCUCCGGCCCUCCUGGGAUCCGGCCUGCCGUCUUUAAGCCCCGAUGGAGCGGAGUGGAGUGCUGCCCCGCGGCGCGUGGCUGGAGAUGUGCGAGCGGAGCCUGUGCCGCCCGGGUUGCGUGGGCUCCCUGCUGAACCUGCCCACGGCCCCCGCCCCCGAAGCCUUCUAUUUCCCGGGGUUGAGGCCCAACGGGGGCCACCCCGCGCAACUGCCCUUCCCGCGGAGCUCCCUCGCGUGGACCUGCGGCGGAUCAAGCCCCACGGCGGGCGGUGGAGGGGGAGUCGGGGGCCAGGCUUUGGGCAGCUCCUCGCCCCAGUCUCUUACGCCUUACCUGCCCCGCCACGGGACCCACAAGUACUACGCGGAGGAGGAGGAGGAACAGGAGGAGGAGGAAGCUUGGGUUGGGCAGGACCUGAUGGCGAAGAGGCUGCCUUCUCCGGCCAAAAUGCCCAAAGAAGAAGCCAGGAGGAGAUGGCCCUCCGCCGCCGUUGGCCUUUUGGACACGGAGCCCGGCGCCUCGGAGCUUCGCCGCGCCGCCCUCAACUUGAACCUGACCCUGCCCGGCCUCCGCGCCUCCUUGCCGCCCCAGGGUUCGCCUUGGUGCCCAGCCCCAGGGAGGUCCGCCAGGAAGAAGCGAAAGCCUUACACCAAGCAGCAGAUCGCCGAGCUGGAGAGCGAGUUCCUCCUCCACGAGUUUAUUAACCGCCAGAAGAGGAAAGAGCUGUCCAACAGGCUGAGCCUGAGCGACCAGCAAGUCAAGAUCUGGUUCCAGAACCGGCGCAUGAAGAAGAAGCGCGUGGCCCGGCGCGAGCAGGCCUUGGAGCUCUACUGAGGGGAGCGAGGCCAGGGCGCAGGCGCGCACCCG